AUGCUGGCACGUGCAGCUCGGCGGAACCUCCGCAGUGAUGCUGUCGUGUCGCAUGCAAAAGCGUGCGAGCAAUUGACGCUGCCAUGGCUUUGCCCGGCGGCAUUCCGACGGACGACGCAUACAAGUGCGCUGUUCACAACCACCCCCACACCCGCACACACAUCCGAUGGGCGACGGGCCCAAAGACGCUCGACGUCGCCGCCGCGACGGCAGAGCCGCUCUCUUGCCACGACGGCCGAGCUGCAGCCCACGCCCGCACAGUCGCCCUUCCACGGCCUCAUGCAAGCCUGGGGCUCCCGCACGCCCUCGCCCGAGCUCGCCCGCUUGACCUCGUGGGACCGGUCGAAUCCACUCGUGCUGCGAGACGAGCUCUCGGUCCCGCAGCUGCUGUCGAAACGGCUGCCCGUCUACAUGGGCACCAGUCCACUGGAAAUGUACCAAAACCUCUACGCGUGUCUGCGCGUGGAUCGGGUAGACCGCGCCGCCAUCAUCCUCGCCCGCCUCACCGACAUGCUGGAGCCCUCGGCGCCUGAAUUGGUCGAUGCGCACAACAUGUACUUCCAGACGCUGCUCAACCUUGCCCUGCAAGACCCCAAGCCGGAGAGCAUGUCGCGACUGGAGGAUUGGUACGCCCUCAACUUCGAGGCCAAAGGCAUCAAGCCGACCUCGUCGGCGUUUGUAACGCUCCUGCGCGGAGCCAUGAACUUCCUGGAAGGAGCCGCACAAGACGAGGCAAUCGCCAAGUACGUGAGCAUGGCACGGCAACACGGAGAAGACAUGGUGGACGAGAUCAACUACUCCUCCGAGUUCCCCGACGAGGAAUGGAAUCUGCUGAUCCGCGCACAACCCGACGAAUUCGAGGAGCCGCCCCGCGUCGAAGAGGUGCGCGACAUGCUUGUCAACACGCCCGAGUCACGGAAAGGAUUCAUGGAACUUGGCCUCCCCUCCGACUUCUCUCAAAGGAUCUCGGAACACAUCUCGAACAUCUCAAUCAAUCCCGUGCCACAAAAGGGAUUCGGUCUGGAUUCGCUCAAACACGCACUCUCCAUGUUCGCCGACGAAACUGCGGUUCCCUAUCCUCACGACAUGGCGGGAACGCAAGAAGACAAGGACCGCCACCACGCCCACAUGCGCCAACUCCGAAUGGAACAGGACGGCCUAGACGCUGCUGUCCAGCGUUGGAAAUUGGAAGAUGAGAAGCUACAGCAAAUGGGUGUCUAUGGCGUCAUGAAUACCAAGAGCAUACAGGCACUCAUGUACAACUGGUACAGUGCAGUGCUACCGCUCUUCAAGAAGCAUAUAGAGCGGGCUAAGGAGGUUAUGGCUGCUCCCACUGUGGAAGUUGGCAAGGACCCGUUACAGAUCUAUGGCCCCUGGUUGGAAAGAUGCAAGCCAGAAAAAUUGGCUGCCCUCACCGUCUCGCGUGCCGUGUCCUCAAGCUUUUCACGGGAUGGUAGCCGUGAUACCAAAUCCCUGAAAAUUUCCGCUUUAACUGUUCAACUUGGCACAGAUAUCAUGGAUUACCUAAAUGCCGAUGCUCAGGAACGCCGGGAGACAUUUCUCAAACAGCAACGCCAGCAGUUGCGCAAAAGCUUGGUCGGACAGUUGCAUAAGACGGACCAAAAGAGCGACAAUUCUGAACAGAAUGCUGCCCAAACCGCUACCUGGACGUCAGGCACAGUGAAAACCCGGUUUCCCGUCGAAGUCAAGACGCUCUUGGGUGCACUGUGUCUAGAGCUCCUCAUGCAGACGGCUACAAUCACCUUCACAGCCAACGAUCUAAAAUCUGGCAAGCAGCUCACCAGUACCCAGGCGGCUUUCCACCAUGGCCUUGAAUAUGUCCAAGGAAAAAAGAUUGGCUACCUAUCACCUCACCCGGAGCUAGUUGGAAAGCUUCGCAAGGACUCUGUAGCGAACAUCCAGCCCGUCAAUUUGCCUAUGAUUGUGGAGCCAAAACCAUGGACGAGUUUCCAGGACGGCGGCUAUUACACCCAGCCACAGCGAGUUGUUCGCCAAAAGGCUGGGGACCCUGCGCAGCGCGCGUAUGCCGAGUCUGCAAUCGAGAAUGGGGACAUGGCCAAGGUGCUGGCUGGAUUAGACGUUUUGGGCAAGGUCCCGUGGCAGAUCAACGCGCCUAUCCUAGAGGUCAUGUUACAGGCUUGGAAUAAAGGUGAAGGUAUCGCAGGACUAAUUCCCGAGAAUCAUGGCUUGGAGCCUCCAGUAGAACCACCCGCAGACGCCCCUCGUGUAGAGCGCGCCAAGUGGGCGAAGAAGCUGCAAGAACACGAAAACCUCAAAUCUGGUUUACACUCGCAACGUUGCUUCCAGAACUUCCAGCUCGAGAUUGCACGCGCAUUCGCUGCCGAGAAGAAGAUCUACUUCCCUCACAGUGUGGACUUCCGUGGCCGUGCAUACCCGUUGUCGCCGGUUCUGAACCACAUUGGCGCGGAUCUUGCCAGGGGCUUGCUCAAAUUUGCGAACGGCAAAGAACUUGGAACAGUCGGAUUGCACUGGCUCAAGAUCCACUUGGCUAACCUUUACGGGUACGACAAGGCCAGCUUGAAGGAACGCGAGCAGUUUGCCAUGGACAAUCUCAGCGACAUAUAUGAUUCGGCUACGAACCCUCUGGACGGCCGGCGCUGGUGGCUCAACGCCGAGGACCCGUGGCAGUGUCUUGCCUGCUGCAUGGAGCUGAAGAAUGCCUUCGACUCAGCGGAUCCCACGCGCUACAAGUCGCAGUUCCCUGUGCACCAGGACGGAACAUGUAAUGGUCUGCAGCAUUACGCUGCGUUGGGUGGCGACCAUGCCGGCGCACGACAGGUCAAUUUGGAGCCCUCCGACCGGCCUCAGGAUAUUUACACCGGUGUCGCUGAAUUAGUCAAGGGCAUGGUGAAGAAAGACGCUGAGAAGGGAGUCGAUGUUGCCAAGUUCGUCGAUGGCCGCAUCACUCGGAAGGUCGUCAAGAGGACGGUCAUGACUAAUGUGUAUGGUGUCACGUUCAUGGGCGCCAAAAAGCAAGUCGAAGACGAGCUCAAGGCCAUCUUCCCAAAGUUUGAGGAGACGGAGAAGAUCCGAAGCCUGGGGAUCGUGGCCAUGUAUGUUGCGAUCAAGAUCUUCGAAGCUCUGGGUCAAAUCUUCAAUGGAGCCCAGGAGAUUCAGUACUGGUUGGGAGAGUGUGGCGAUCGUAUUACCACAUCGCUCUCCGCUGAGCAGGUCGAAAAGAUUGGACAGAGGGGCGAGGGCAAGGAGCCAACAUUCGACCCAAAGUUCAAAACUCCCAAGAAGCUCACCAAGACUCAUGUGACGAAUAUGAACAAAGCGAUUGAGGCUUUCAAGACGAGCAUCAUAUGGACGACGCCGUUGAAGAUGCCCGUGGUCCAGCCCUACAGGAAAGAUUCAACAACCAGGGUUCGUGCCAAGUUCCAGGACAUCACCGUGGUGAAGCGUUCCUCCCACGACAUCGUCGACAAGCGCAAGCAACUGCAAGCCUUUCCACCAAACUUUAUUCACUCGCUUGACGCGACCCACAUGACUCUUUCUGCACUCAAGUGCCACGAGCUCGGCCUGGAUUUUGCCGCCGUCCACGACAGCUUCUGGACACAUGCAUCGGACAUUCCCAACCUCAACGUCAUCCUUCGCGACGCUUUCGUGCGCAUGCAUUCAGACGAUAUUGUUGGCCGUCUGGCCGAAGAGUUCAAAGCGCGCUACGCCGGUGCCAUGCACAUGGCCAACAUCUCGGCGAGCUCCGAGGCUGCCAAGAGAAUUCGUCUAUGGCGCGCUAAUCAUUACGGCAGUGGACGGGGAUCACCAUCCAAGAUGGCUGGGGGUCUGAGGACUGUUAAAGCUUCAACCGAGGAGAUCGAAUUGGAGUACAAGAGACAAAAAUUACUCAAGAGUGAUAACCCCGAGGAAGUCAAACAAGGGCAAGAAAUGGAGACACCGACCAGCAUCUGGCUCCAGCACCAGGAUCCCAAGGCACUUACCUCCCACCGUCUCGGCUUGAUCGGAGAGACCAAAAAGGAAAAGAAGAACAGAUACGACGAGAUGCGCGACAAGGUGCUCGACCGCGAAGCCGACGUUAUUGCGGAAGAAAAAGGACAAGAAGAUGCCGACAUGCCAUCUGAAGAGGCUUCCGAUCAUGGGUUUAGAGACCUCCCUGACAUUAAUGAGAAGACUGUUAUCGCCGUCUGGAUCCCUCUUACCUUCCCGCCCCCUCCGAAAAAGGGCGGCUGGGACAUUUCCCGCCUACGGGAAUCCAAUCCGGCUCUACGCGGCAACGCCGAACGAGACUUUUACCGCACAAACAACGAUUGGCCCAUUACCGCCACGGCCGAAAUCAUCCGCUUCUGUGCGCUGGGCUCAAACACCAACACGCUGGGUUUCCCGCGUGAUCAUAAGUCGUGGUCAGAUGCUUACCUUAGGAUGGUGAUGGGGAAGGCGGACAGACGUCCGAAUAAUACUGAUGAUGAUGAGGGCAGCAAGGAGGAAGCGGAGCGGACGAGGGCGAAGGAUCGGUACCUACGCCUGGCGAUGUGGAGGGCGGAGAGACAGGAGAGUGGCACGUUUGAGGGACGGAAAAGGAAAGAGGGUGAGAAGAGGGGACGGAAGAAGAACGUUGUGGGUGUUUAG